GUUCUCGUGCAAACCUUGUGUUCAUAUAUCCCACUCUCGUAUACGUCAGACUUUAUUCCGGAAUUUAGAGAGUUUAAAGAGUCUGUGAAUACGCUUGAUCGUGAUCAGUUUAUCCGUGUCCGUGAUACUAUACGUGUUGAACGGCCUCGUUCCCGAAUUCAGAAUUCCUUAUUCGUUCGCGAUCCUCGGUGGCGCGUGGAUGUGCAAGUCUCUCUCCAGGGUGCAAGUCAAUGUAUCCGAACGGAUUAAAGGAGUCGAUCGGAAUAAAAGUGCCUGAUGUUACUGUCAAGUUAUGGUGCCGGAUGAAAAAACUAUAGAUCAAGUGUUGUGAUCGAUGUAAAUUAAUUACAGAAGUUGAUAAGACGUUCGAAACGCUAAUAAGAACACUCGCAUAUUUAUCUGUGUUUUUUUUUUUGGUUUAAGUUAAUUCGCGUUAAGGGACCAUUCGAAUUUUUUCUUUAUCGUGUUAAUAUUAUUUUAAAUAUUAAAAUAUAGUUAUAUAGUAAUUUAGUUUUAUGUUAAAUUUAGUUCUAUAUUAAUUACGUAAAUAGUUAAAUUAAUAUUAAGUUAAUAUUAAGUUAAAAAGUUAACGCGCGUGUUUCGAAAAAUAGAGAAGAAAUCGUGACAAAUACAGAUUUUUUUUGAUUCGAGUGUGGCUCUAUAUGGCAGAGCAAUCUCGUGUGCUUAAGUGCAUCCCACACCAUUUUAAUUGGAUUUUAAGUAUCGAGACCUGCCUUGCAACUCCAUGAAUCGGCCACGACGUUAAGUGGAAAACAUGGAUUUCUCUACGUCUAAAGUGACCGUUAAGAGUGGCUCAGAUCAGGGACAGGAAAACGAAGCACAAGCUGAUGCUGCAUCCUCACCAUCGAGUAUUGAUUUGCCAGAAAGCGCGCAUCCCUGCCCUGCCUGUCCAACAGUGUUAUCUACCUCCAGAGAGUUAACAAAUCAUUUACGUGGUCAUAGUUCACCCCGCAGCACAGAUUGCAGCGGUGAAGAUGAUUACUGUUGCGGUAUUUGCAACAAAGUUCUCAGCUCUGCGAGUUCCCUAGACAGGCACUUAAGAACGGCGCACAGGACUACAUCGCCACACAGUUGCACAGAUUCGGAAGGUAGCAGCGAUUCCGACAAGUCGUCCAAGAGGCGCCAUCUCGAGGAAUAUAAUAACAAUGAAAUCACAAAGAGAAAUUCACCAGAUUUUAUCGAGGGCCAGGAGGAAAGGAGUCCAACGUUACCUGGGAAGAGAAAAUGUUCGGAUUAUUUGAGCGAUAACGAGGGACAGAAAAGGCAUAAGAUUCUCUUAAACAAUUCGAGAACCGAGAUAAAAUCGAUACCGGAUGAUAAUCAGAACGCAUACAAUUGUCCAGUGUGCGGGAGGCAAGAUUUUGCUACUAGUGCCCUCUUAGAGGCGCAUUUGGAAAGAUGCCAUCCCGAGUUCCCCGCUAAAUGCGACACUUGCAAUUUAUCAUUUAAAAACCAUCGUGUUUUGAAUCUGCACCGUUUCAUGAUCCAUUUUGCAGAACAUUCGAUAGGGAAUACUGCAAGAAAUUUGAGAAACUCGGUGGUUGGUUUCAACGAUUUAACAUUCGUUGAUUUCUCGUCGGAUAAAUUCCCAGCUAUAGCCAGAGCCGUAUGCGAACAAUCAUUGCAUCGGCCGGCAUCCGGGGAAGUGACCAAGUUCCAAUGCUCCAAAUGUUUACGAGCAUUUCCCUGUAGAUCGGCAUUAGAUGCUCAUGAAACUGAUUGUGGAACGACAAAUUCCCAAAUAAGAACGACCGACGAUAGUCAGUCGAGGAGGGACGAUUUCUUUGCCGGUUUAGACCUUCAAAAUAAGGCUGCUUUAACGGAAGCCAAAGAGGGGAAAGAUUUAGCCGAUAUCCAGAGUAUCAUAUCAGUUACUUCUGGGCCGAUUUUGCAAAAUUUCCCUCGAUCAGACGCUAGCACGCCAGAAAGUAAUAUUAAAUUCAAUCCUAGCGUGAGUUCCUCCGGCUCUUCAGGCACUUAUUCCUCGGAAUAUCACGAGGAAGAAGCUCAAGAUGCGUUUGCCGCAGAGUUUAGAAAAAUGAAACUGAAAGGAGAAUUUCCUUGCAGACUUUGUUCUGCGAUAUUUCCUAAUUUAAGAGCUUUGAAGGGUCACAAUAGGGCGCACAUGGGAGUAGGACCUGGUAUGCCUUAUCCCUGCAAUAUGUGUCCCUAUACCAGUACUGAUAAAGCGACUUUAAUACGACAUUUGAGGUCUCACAACGGUGACAGACCGUAUGAAUGCUCGUUAUGCAAUUAUGCUUUUACGACGAAAGCGAACUGCGAACGUCAUGUGCGAAAUCGUCAUGGAAAAUUGACCAGGGAAGAUAUUAAGAGCGUUUUAAUUUAUCAUCCUAAUGAGGAUUCUACUAAUGAAAACGUGGAGAGAAGUUCACCAAGGGUUUUAAAAGAGGAGGUAAGAAAAAGUUUAAUAUAUUCUACAGAACGUGAAGAAUUUCAUCAUCAGGCACAAAUACAUUAUCCUCCAGUACCAAUAGAUGUUCGAACAGAAAUUAGAAUUAUAGAAGAAGCAAAAUUGCAUAAUUCGACAAUGUCUGUACACAACACGAAUCAUUUCGAAAAAAAUGAAAUAUUUUCCAGGCCAAAUCAAGCUAUAGAGUUAAGUCAACGUAAUAUCGAUGAAGGGAAAUCCAGCCAGGAUAUUAAGCCAGAUUAUUCGAAACUUGAUGAUGAAUUGGAUUCGAGGUCAUCAGACGAUCUCGCGUCUCUAGUCAAUGAUGUCAAAUCUGAUUCACACCAAAGAGUACAAGCUAGUCCAAUAAAUUUGAAAAAGGGUUUAAACAUGGCUGAAAAUUCUGGCGAGGACGGGCCAUUGGAUCUUUCAAUGGAUGUGUUAGAUCUUAGCAAAAAAUCGAAGGAGAAAGAGAAUAACGAUUUUAUAUCUCGUGACAAAUUUAACAAAACCGAAAAAGAUUUAUACGCCACCAGUCAGUUACUAUUGACUGAGGCGUUGCUAAAAGCCGGUCAAGGUAGCACGCAAUCCGCCUCACUUGAAGCUUUAUACGCCAACGCCAUUUAUAGAAAUUUCAGUACGUUUCCAACAGGUACUGGAAUUUUGCCACCGUAUAUGUUUAAUCCUCAUGUUUUUAAUCAAGAUUAUUGCAUGAAAGAGAGAUUGCAAAAAGAACUAGUACGAGGACUUCAAUUAACCAGUGGUGGCAGUUUAGUAGAACCAUCUAUGCCUAGUGCCACAGGAUUUAAUAACUUUUCUCAAAAUAGAGAUAUGAAUUCUCAAUCGAUAACCGAACAAAGCGAAUAUGCCAAAUUAAUAUCUUCUAAGAUGGUUAAUAAAAGUUUGACGCAUCGCGACAAACAGGAUAAUUUAGCUUCUUCGAAUUCUGUAAAAAUGGUGAUUAAAAAUGGAGUGUUAAUGCCUAAGCAAAAGCAAAGACGAUAUAGAACUGAAAGACCAUUUACCUGUGAGCAUUGCUCGGCGAGAUUUACUUUAAGAAGUAAUAUGGAAAGACAUAUUAAGCAGCAACAUCCUCAGCAUUGGAGCCAGAGACCUAGAGGAGGGCACUCGACCAGAGGUAGACCUCCUAGCCAUCCUACUUUGCUGCAAAAUCUUGGACAGACUUCUCAGGUUACCCAAUCGUUUAAUAUUUUGCCAAAAAUCAAUGAACAAUCAAUGAGUUCAGAAUUCGCAAAGCAUUCUAUUUCAGAUCAAGUAAAAUAUGCAAUUUUGGCGCAGCAGUUAAAAACGAACAAAGUAGAGGAAAAUGAUUCUGAGGAAGAGUUAAUUAUAGAUGAAGAUCCUCAAGAUAAAGAGGAUGAUAAAUCUCAAGAUCAAAAAGAAAAAAGUUUAUUAAGAGAUCAAUUAGAAAUUACAGAUUCUAUCUCAAUGAAAGAAGAAGAUAAAAAAUCUAUGCAUGACUCAAAAGAAACAAACGAGAUUGAAAAAAACGAGAAGAUGAUUAAUGAAAAAAAAAAAGAAUCUAAGAUGGAGAAAUCUGAAACAAAAACAUCAAUUGACAAAUGUCCUAAUACAGUAUUAAAAAUUGAAAUAAAAAGUGAAAAAAUAGAAGAUGGAGUAACUGACUUGGCUAGCGUGUCAGAAUUAUUGGAUAACGCUUCUCAACAAUAUCAACAAUUUCAGCCGCAAUACUUAAGCGAUGAGGAAGGUUUAGCCGCGUCUAAUAGCGAUUGCAAUAAUUCCGGUAGCGAUGAAAAAUCUGAUUCUAUAAAUUCUUCAAAUUCGAUAAAUAAUCCAUCCAAGAAAAAAAAGAAAAAGAAGAAGAAGAAGAAGAAAAAAUCUGCGUAUUCUAUGGCCCCCAAUCGAGUAAUUUGUCCAUAUUGUGAAAGACCAUUUCCUUGGACUUCUUCUCUCAGAAGGCAUAUAUUAACCCAUACGGGUCAAAAACCAUACCAAUGUGUUCACUGUUCCUUGCUUUUCACUACUAAAUCAAAUUGUGAUCGCCAUCUAUUAAGAAAGCAUAAAGCUAAUCCCAAUAAAAUACGUCGGAUCAGAAAUUCUUCUUCUCCCGAUUCCCAAACAAUGAUUAACAAUAAUAAUUCAUUCUCAAUGAGAAAUGUUCCAGAAAGACCAUAUAAGUGCAAUCAAUGCCCUAGUUCAACUUUUUCUACUUUAGGAAAUUUAAAGAAGCAUCGUUCCACUAAACAUGCACGAAAAAUAAAACCAAGAUCAGAUACUCCAUCCAGUGAACCUCAAAAUAGUCCUCAGGAAUGUCGAAAACAAAAUAAUGAACAAACUGAUUAUGAUAGUCAAUCUUCGAGUAUAUCUGAAGGCACAGAGACUUCAUCAAUACCAAGAAUUCCUAAAUCCACAUCGAAUAUUUCACCAUCGGCUAAUGAUGUUCCCAGAUCGAGAAAAGCGUCGCCAAGAUCAUCACCGGGACCAGGUGAUGUACCGUUUAAAUGUCAUUUAUGUGACUGUGGUUUUGCAGAACGACAGGAUUGCUUAGAACACAUUAAAAUUAAUCAUAAGCGAUCCUAUGAAAUGCUAAUGGCCAAAGGAGCAUUAGAUAUGGAAAUAGGUGAUACAGUGGAAGAUCACCAACAAUUACCAUUACAUCAAACUAGCGAUGGUGAAGAGAAAAAAGGACGUUUUCCAGAUUAUAGUAAUAGGAAGUCAGGUCUUCAUUCUUUCCAGGUAGUUUGUGCCUUUUGCAUAAGACGAUUCUGGUCUGCAGAAGAUCUUCGUCGUCAUAUGAGAACUCAUACUGGAGAACGGCCUUUUUCCUGCGAUAUUUGUUGUAGAAGAUUUACCUUGAAACAUAGCAUGCUGCGACAUAGGAAGAAACAUGAAUCUAUCGAUUCGACAAUGUAUAUUGGUACAAGUGGCGAUGAAGAGAAUUCUCCAACACAGCCACCAACAAUUACACCACGAAGUCAGCAACAACAGCCAAUUCUAUUGGCAACCAAUAACGGAAAUUCCCUAAUUCAAGAUAGAAUCUCUUUACCUACUGUUGCUUCAGUCGCUACUGGUGAUGCUGCACCAAGUGGACUGAUGAGAUUUAAUCCCUACGAGAAAUUAACUACUCUCACGGGAAAGUUGGCUAGUAUUCCGCAAAAUGUGAAUCCAGAAGCAAACGAGAAUAUGGAUAAUGAUUUAAUUUCGAAUCUUUUAGGAAUAAGAGAUAAAAAUUUCAUGGAUCGAGUACUGCAAGGAACUGCUGACGAUGCCGCUAAAUUAUUAGGACAAAAACGGCUGCGUACAAAUCGACGUGUGCUCGCCAAAAGAAGAGUUUAA